AUGGUGAAGAUUAGCAGUUCGUUGGUGGUGCUGUUGUCGCUCUGUGCCUGCAGUUACGCCCAGUAUCAGUAUCCGCAGCAGCGCCCUGACAUUACACCAGAAGCUGGAGGUCAGCCCACUGGUGGGCCUGUGGACAAUCGUAUUAUACCCCUGGGUGGUCUGCUUGGUGGUGGCGGGGGAGGUGGCCUGCUCGGUGGGGGAGGCGGAGGAGGAGGUGGCCUUUUUAGCAACUUGUUGGGUGGUCUUUUGGGCGGAAAUAAUGCUCGCCCGCCGCCGCCAGCACCCUACCAAGGAUUCGGAGGCGGAUAUCCUGGUCAAUUUGGCGGCGGUUAUCCUGGACUUGGCGGCGGUUAUCCUGGUCAAUUUGGAGGCGGUUAUACAGGUGGCUAUCCUGGUGGGUUUGGUGGUGGUUAUGGCAACCCUUAUGGGGGCUACUACGGCUAA